AAAUGCUCACGCAUGCGUCCCACCGGAACCGGAGUGGACGACACGAUACCGGCUCACGGCUUAUAUUAGUUUACAUUAGAAUAGGCGGAUCGCAAACACCGUGCACUUUCGUUAACGCAUCUAUCUCUCUCUCUCUCUUUCUCUCGCGACUUUUUUUCCCUACGCAAAAGAGCUAAAUAUCCUGUGCGUCGCGUCUCGAAGUGUGAAAUUAAACGUUAUAACGCAAACUGUAAGUUUUUCCAUCGGCAAAACGUUCCGGAGAUACAUAUUAUAGUGUUUAAAAACAUUGCUCGGAAAAUUUCAAAUGUAAUAUCUUAGUGAUAUUAAAGAAGAAACAAGUGCGGGAGACAAAAAACGUAAAAAAAAAAAGUGCGACGAACGCGAGGAAACGUAGAAAAUGAACAGAACUACAUACGCCAGUAUGAACAGCAAGAGCGCGUUACUAGUGCAACGUUGGAUGCUUCAACCGCGCGUAUUGCUAAUUCUCAUUUUGCUUCAAUUUAUCAUACACUUUUUCACAUUCGUCUAUCUGUACAAAUACGUGACGAACAUAGAGAACGAUCUGCGUGCGGUGAGAGGCCGGUAUUCCGAAACCAUUGCGAUUCCGCGACGAAGACGCAGCAGCGCGUUGCCGACCGCCGAGGAUAACGCCGUUUCCGAUUUAUCUAGUAGAAUUCGGGAAGAUAAAGAUUUGCAAGGUACCAAGAAAGUAACCGCCUCCCCUAUGGUAUCCGGCUCCGCGUCCUCGUCAACGGCGGUCGGGGGUCAAGAUUGGAUCUGGUUUAACGCCGACACGCGAAUACAAUUCGACGCGAUUGAGAAUUUCUGCCGCUCUUCCGCCAAAUAUUGCCCGCCCGGUGCGCCCGGAGAACCGGGCGAGCCGGGCCUGCCGGGUAUUCCGGGGAUGGUGGGUCCAAAGGGACCCCCCGGACAACCGGGUGUCAGGGGACCCAAAGGCGAUAUCGGUCCGCCGGGAUUCGACGGUAGGGACGGCGUUCCAGGUGAGCCCGGUUUGGACGGCAUUCCCGGUAGAAGCGGUCUGGACGGUGCACCCGGCAUCAACGGCAAGCCGGGUAUAAACGGCAUGCCCGGAAUACCUGGGAGAAACGGAACCGAUGGAAGAUCCGGUGAGAGGGGUCCUCAAGGACCACCAGGACCUCGCGGAGAACAAGGUCCACCCGGUCAUCCAGGAUUGCCGGGAAGGGACGGCAAACCGGGUAUACAGACUUGGGGCUUCAAAGACUCGCAUGAUAUUUUGAUACCCCCAUCUAUUUUGGGGAUUACAGAUGAAGCUACAUCGUCGAAUACGAGCGUAAUCACCGUGCUAGAGGGUAGCAGCUUACGACUGAGAUGCGCCGCGAGCGGAAAACCGCAUCCCGUUGUACAGUGGUCGAAGUCCGACGGUUUCGCGAUACCGAUGGGCAAUUGGCACGCGAACUCCAUUACUAGUCAUACGUUUAAUAUCAGUGUAGUAAAUCGGGGACACAUGGGCGACUACGUUUGCAACGCCAACAAUGGCAUAGGCCCACCAGCGGUCAGGAAGUUCACGCUUCACGUCAGAUUUUCGCCGUUUAUUCGCAUACGUAACCACAUCGUUGCCGUGAAGAACCAAAAUUCGGCAUUGCUGGAAUGCGAGGUGGAAGCCUUUCCCGAGCCAGUAGUGCACUGGGAACGCAAUGACGGUCGUCGUUUGAAAGCGUCGGAUAGAUAUAAAAUAGAGAUUUACGAUAAACGCGAUUAUUACAAGUUCAAGAUGAGAUUGAGAAUCGCAAGGGUGACUUCGACGGAUCACGGGUCUUAUCAGUGCGUGGUGAAAAACGACGUUGAUGUUACAAGGGGAUACUUCGUAGUAAACGACGAUGUAAAAGACACGGAAAAACAAAAGUUGGGAAAAGAGCAGUACAUCACUUUCGGCCAUCCGAUGCCCUCGAGCGUCGAUCAGGAACAAGAAGUGUGCAGUCCUUGCACGUACGCGAACUUGGACCACGUGCGCGUUAAAUCCCUGCGCGGUUACGACGCCACGUGGCAACCGUCACGUAUAGAGGCCGAGGGUCUGAUAGAAGCCGUCGGCAAGCCUGUGUUGAAAGGGAGCAUGAACGACACUUACGGAAGUUGGAUGUACGACGCGUCAUUCCGUCACGAUAUCCUGUCCGACAGACUUUGGGUCACGCGCAACACGAACACGUCCUACAUCUACGAGUACAAAUCGAAAGAUCACUUCAAGAACGAGACGGCACGCGAGAUCAGAUUGCCGUGUCCUUUUCAGGGCAACGGACACAUAGUUUACAACAACUCGUUUUUUUACAAUCCCAAAGAUCGUCCGACGGUCUUCCGAUUCGAUCUCAAUUCGUUCUCGAAUCACGGCUGUAACUGUUCGCUUAACUCAAUGCCUCCUAAUUGCGAGGUGCAGCUUCCGGAUUUGAAAGUCAAUACUCCGAACUUCCUGUACAAGCACAACUUCACUUACGUGGAUUUCAACGUGGACGAAAACGGUAUGUGGGUUAUUUACGGAUUGUCGGAAUCCAACAAUACGGCGGUGAUAAAAAUGGAUCCCGUGAAGAUGACCAUUCAGCACGGAUGGAACAUCAGUAUCGAUCAUCAUAGAUUCGGGGAGAUGUUCAUCGCCGGAGGCGUGCUUUACGCAAUACACAGUGUCAGCGAGGAAACCAUGAAAAUACGAUUCGCCUUCGAUCUCUACAAGAACUCCAUGCUGGAUGUGAAUUUGUCAUUCACGAAUCCGUAUCAUAAAACCACGGCGGUCAGUUACAAUCAUAAAACCAAGGAGCUCUACACGUGGAACAAGGGCAACCAAUUAGCUUAUCCCGUAAAAUAUCGCGACGAUGUGGUAGGAGGCAAGUGAAAGAGGCUCUGUCGUUGCACUAUAUCUAUAUACAGCUGUGUGUGCGAUGAAACCGCGUGUAUUUAUUGCUAUCAGCUAUCAAGCAUCAUGGGAACAACUUGAGCACUUUAAGUUUACUUACGAGAUAAAGAAUUUUUUUUAAUGUGCUAUACAUGUUUUUUUAUAAACUAUUUUGAACCGAUCUUAUACGUAGUGUACUAUAAUAUUUUCUUGCGCGAAAGUGGCAUAAAUAAAAAAAAUCAACCGUAUGCAA